GCUCGCUCCGUGCACAUUUUUAUUAAGUUUCCUGAGUUAUGCAACCGCAUCCCCGUAGAGCGAACUGCUCAUCCGCCUUUAUUUACUCGUCCCCCGCCGUCGGAUGGAUAUUUCUGUGGUAAUAUCUGGUGAAUUGGACCAGUCCCUGUGGCGACGACACCGAAUUAGGAAGAUAUGUCAUUUGCAAAUCACCCAGUGCCAUUUGCGUCACAGCCCGCGGCCUCGCACGCCCAUGGGGGGCGAUGGAGUUGCAAAUGGAGACUGUGUGUGUGUGUGCUGACGCUGCCCCAGCUGAACGAGAACCAAUAGACACGGACUCGGGCGGCAACAAUCGCCGUGCGCUUUCACUCUCCAGUAGUGCACCGACUUGGGAUUCCGUAUAAACACGGAAGAUCGCGCCGUUUAUUCGAGAUGGUUAUGUUUCCAUCGCUCUCCCUGGGAUGCGUUACAGGUGUAUGCUGGUAGUGAACGUGUGGGGCAGCAGGCCAGUCUUGGCAGCAUGGUGAAGGCCCAGAAGUCAGCUGGGAGGAAGAGCUCUAACUGUCCCCGCAGACAGAGUGGUGUUCAGCCAGAGAUGGAGGGAGGCCAACUCCAUUCGGACACCCAACAUCAACAGGUGCAACCCAGACGUGGAGAUCAGUGCUCUGAUCAACUCCAUCUUCAGACCUCUGCUUCAGCUGAGGCGCUGCCGGUGAAAUGGGACCAGAAGGAAACUCCAGUGGAUGUUCAGGAAAGGGGCAACUCUGCUGGACAGCACCAGGGUAAGCCUCUGUGGAAGCCCAUUCCCCCUCUACUGCCUGAGCCUCAUAGGAACAGUACCACUGAGACCAGGGACCAGAGCUGCCAGACUGAGGAGCAGCUUCUGCAGACCAGUGCCUGCAAACAUGGUCAGAACACAGGUCUCUGUGUGGAGCCGGGUGAUCCUCCUCUGCUCCAGCAGCCUCUGCAGACCUCCAAGUCUGGGAUUCAGCAGAUAAUUGAAUGCUUCCGUUCUGGCACCAGCCAGCUAAAACACAUGCUGCUAAGGGAGGUGGACACCAUCUUUGAGUGUAAACUGUGCCGCAGUCUGUUCAGAGGCCUGCCCAACCUCAUCACACAUAAGGAGUACUAUUGCCUAUCACGCCUGCCUGAAUCUGAUGGUUCAUCAGGUGAUGACAGGCAGAGUGUCGCCAUGAAGGAUUUACUGGAUGCUAUCUAUCCACGAGCCGAUCGGCCAGAUUACGUAGUCCGACUGGAGCCCAUUCAGACCACUACCAAGGCUGUGUUUCAGUACCUCACCACAGAGGAGGAGCUGGCUCGAUUUCCAUCACACACACCCAGUGCCAGAGAGAGUCCAGUAAAUUGGGAAGGAGAAUCGAUGGAAGGUGUGGAGAAUAACCAGGCAAACCAGACAGGUGGACCAGAAAGCCACAACAGCCCAGGACACAACCAGGGACAGAGGAGAUGGGAGCCUGAAGAGGAGGCUAAAGAGGAGCAGCCACCGCCUGAGGAUGAGGGGUCCAACAGUGGGGUUGAAGAUGUGACAAUCUCCUGUUGUCUUUGCGGUCAAGACUUCAACUCGCGCCGCAGCAUCAGACGCCACUGCCGCAAAAUGCACCAGACAAAACUUGAGGAACUCAGAAAGUUUACAGAGACACGCACAGUUCCUACGAGCCUGCUGUCCAUGGUGAAAGGUCGGCCGAGGACCCUCAGCACACCAACUGGAAAAUCAUGCCCAGUGUGCCUCAAAACCUUCGCUACCAAAGCUAAUGUGCGACGCCACUUUGAUGAGGUGCAUCGUGGUCUGCGAAGGGACACCAUCACACCCAGCAUCGCCUCACGCCCCGGUCAGCCCUUCUCACUGGAAGUCACGCCUCCCAGAAAGAGCAGCAAUGCCUCGCCAACACGUGGCCACAGCUCCAAGUCCACCCCUGUGAACUCUAAAACAUCAUCUUCAAACCAAAACCAAGCCAAACCUCAGACUCAGCUCCCAGCCUCGACACAGGCAAACUCGGCAUCAUGCCGCUGCACGCUCUGCAAGAGGAAUUACAGCUCACAGCUCAUGUUGAAGAGGCACAUGCGUAUAGUCCACAAGAUAUACAGCAUGAAAAGCAACAAGUCUUCUAGUACAGCAACGUCCACCGCUGCAGCAGCCACUUCUAACAGCAGCAGCACUAACUUGUCUGUCAGCAACAAUGUCAGGGUUAAGGAGGAAGCAGUGGAGCCCUCGGAUGAAGAAGACGACGAGGACAUCGACAGCAGUCCAGCACCUUCUCCUAGUGACAGCACUGGCACAGCUAAAGAAGUUUCUGUGGCACACAAUGCCACGAAGGUGAAGGAGGAAGAGGCCCCGUCAAGCCCAAAAAUGACAUCAUUAUCAUCAUCAUCAUCCUCCCGUGGGGGAAACGCGUGUAGUGGCAGCAUGGCCGCCAAAAUGACGAAACUGUCAGUGGGCUUUGACUUUAAGCAGCUCUUCUGCAAGCUCUGCAAACGACAGUUCAGCUCACGUCAGAACUUAACAAAACACAUUGAGCUGCACACAGACGGCAACGACAUCUUCAUUAAGUUCUACCGCUGCCCGCUCUGUCGCUACGAGUCUCGUCGCAAGCGCGACGUCUUGCGUCACGUGACCGUAGUUCACAAGAAGUCAUCCACGUACCUUGCCAAGAUCAUGCCCAAACUGGAGAGCAGGGCAGUGAAGAGGCUAGCAGAGGUAGUCCUCAACAAUUCGAACAAGAGGACAGGCAGCAGCGUCAAAGAGGAAGUGAAUGGACGUCACGCUUCGUCGUCUUCCUCCCCCUCACCUCCCGUCACUCGCAAGCAAGAGUGCUCCACAACUGGCUCAACAGCCUCUUCAGCCUCCUCUUCCUCCGCCCCACCUCCAGCCCCCAUCACUCGUAAACAACAGGAGCUGUCGUCGACGGUCUUCACCCCGUCCCCUCCCGUCACCCGUAAGCAAGAGAGACAGCAGACCCAUCAGCACCGCCCCAUCAGCCCCCCGCUGACCCGUCGCAGCGAAAAACACACACACCAACGCAACAACUCCUCCUCCUCCACCAACACCACCACCACCACCACCACCUCUUCCUCACCCAGCAACCAAACCCCACACACGCGGCGACAUGAGGCCCAGUCAGAGAGCAGCACGGGGACAUCGUCCACUGAAGUCAGAGUGACAAAGAAUUUCUCCCUUCACGCUUGUGACCAGUGUGGACGGGCCUUUGCUAAGAAGCUGUACCUGGAGUCACAUAAGCGAAGCCAUCGUAACGCAACGACAGCAGCAGCCAGCAGGAGGAAAGGAGUCAGCACCCGCUCCAAAUCCCUGGUCUGGUGAAAAACACAGUACCCCCUGGAAUAAAGGGCGAGCGAGCCACUAACGAUGACAAACUGGAAAAAUAAUAGGCAGAUGGAGCAAGCACAGGAAAAAGAUGACGGAAACGUGAAGGAAACAAACAAAAAAGGAACAACAGAGCCCGAUGGAGGAGUGAAGUACAAACAGUUUUAUGUUCCACAUUUGCUUAAGAACCAAAUAUGUUGUUGGAAUCUGACAUUCAUGUAUAAUUUCAUGAUGAAGCCAGCCAGCAUGCUGGAUGGUGGCGCUGCUAUCUACACAGAGACUCACUACUGCUACAUAUUAUCUCUAUUUACCUACUACAAGAUGUGAAUAUGGAUCCAUAUGCAGAUGACUAGUUUGUACUGCUUUGCUCCUGUAAACGGCCUUUAGUAAAAGGAUGAAGUUAAUCUAUGGAAGUGUGUAUGUGUGCGUGUGUGUGUGUGUGUAAGAGAGGGAGGGAAAUCAGACCUGGAUUGUGGUCUCUGCAAAAAACAGACUGAGAGAUAAAGCUAAAUUAACCCUACACAAAAUGAACCUAUAUCCUUACAGCAGCAUUUCAUUAAUUUAUGACUUAUAUGUAUGUCCAUAUCUUAAAUUGGGUGUGAUGUAGACCUAAUAUAUUCAGCUGGUUCAUCUGCUUUUCCCCCUCUUACUUGAUUCCUGUGUUGAUUGGACCACUUUUGUGCCCUGCUGUCUUUCCAGGAAGAGAAACUGUAGCCAAAGUGUUUGAUGCUCGCCUUAGAAUUGAAUAGUCUCUAUUUUGUCACGUAAAUGUCCCAGAAAUUUAAACUGGUCGGAUUUAGUCAGCUCUAAAGUGACCAACAAGUUCAGAUGUUAUGAAUUACAGGGUACAGCCAAAGAAAAGGAAAUACCAGAGUGGAUUUUUAAGUUUUCUUUAAAGAUUUAAAAAACAAAAUGUGUGCGUGCUUCUUCUAAUAUCACUUCAAUCAGUUUCAUGUGGUAAUCACUGUUUUUUCUGCCUUAUCUACUUGGUGUGAUUGCAUGCUUGUAAAGGGUGUUUCCUUUACCGUGACAGUACCCUGAACCACCAGGUUAUCCUUCCAGAGAACUUUUUUGUACUCCGGAAGGAAUCGUUCGCUCAAUAGAAAGUAAUCAAAUUCCCGCUUAUAAAAGUCUGAAACAACACGUGGUACAGCAGGGGAAACAUUUGGACUAUCAAACUGACACUCUGCAUGCUAAAUCACAGCGAGAAGGAACUGAACAGCACAUUACGUGGAGUAAUGUGUGCUUGAAUGUUUGCAGGAUGUGACAGGUCACCAACAGCCAUACUGCCUUAGAUCUUAAACUGUUAACUGGAAGACAUUAUUUUCUUACCACUGUCAUCUUGCUGAUUCUUCCUUUAGUUACUGUACUUUCCAUCACAGGUCCUGGUAGAUGUGUCUCAACCUCAGUGCCUAAAGCAGCACGCAUGGCAGGUUUGAAUAAUAAGAAAGCCACAAAUCCAGAAAGCAAAACUAUUAAAUUCCCCUUAUUUAACAAUUGGCAUUAAAUGUUUUGUUACAUCCACUUAAACAUGCAGGGGCAUGAACUUUUCUUUCCCUUCUUAUCUGUAAGAUUGUUUUGUUGUUGUUGUUUUUGUUUUUACUGAAUACUGUAUGAAUUCCAUUCAAAAUAUGAUUUCAUGUACCCAAACUGGAGAGGGAUGAGAGGGUUGGGAUUUACUUGUUUGCUAACAGCUCCUGAUGGUAGUCUUUGAGACACUGGCACAUAAGAGUUGGAAAGAAAGGAUCGAGGAAGACCAAAAGCAGAUAUGUCUUACUGUUCAAACAGAAAGCCAUGAAAUGGAACAAAACGUGAAAAAAAGGAAAGACCAAACUUUAUUUUUAUAACCGAAAAUGCUAGAGCAGCGAGGUCUUGACAGCGUGUAUAUAUCGAUCCAUCCUGCACGGAUGGUAUAAAUAAUAGUUCUAAUAGUCAAACUAGUUACUCACUUGUGUUGGUUGGCCAUAUGCUUUGAACACGUCUGACUAGUUACAACUCUGUAAUUGUUUAUUGCUGAGGCAAGCUUGCAUUGUUCCACCAUUAGUUCUUUUUUUUAAUCUUACACUGUUUGAAGGAGGAGAUUUUGUUGUUGAAAUGUGUCCAGAAGAGAGCAGGAAUGAAACCUCAAGAGACUUUUAGAUUAUUAUUAUUUUUUAAUUUUGACAUUUCUUUAAUCAUAAGUUGUAAUGUUAUUAAGCUCACCUUCUAGAGGAUUUGACAAGCGUUAGAAAAGCCUUUCAGUGACAAGAAUGUUGAAACCAACCACUUAAAUAAAAAUAUACUGCUUUAAACCUCA